AUGGUGCCGCGAACGAUAACCUCGAACGAGGUCUAUGUCCUUCCUCUCAAGGACAAUGGAGCCCCCGACGUCCCUGGCGAGUUUAUUUGGCUCGCUCCGAAGACCAAUGACCCCAUAACUAUCCGCUUCACCAUUGAGGGCACCUCUUCCAUAUGUCGUCAAGGCAGCCUUUGGGUCAACAUUCCCGAGAAGGGCAAGCCCUUCCAGAGGGGUCAUUUCCGCGAGUUCAAGCUCGUACCCGACUUCAACAAGACCAUCGAGAUCUCGAUUCCCGUCUUCGAAGCUGGUGCCUUUGCGUUCUACACAACUUACGCGGUCCUGCCUGAACUUUCAGCGAGCCUGGCCACCAGCAAGCCGGCAGCCAUUGAGCAGACAAAGACCCCCUUAUACUAUAUCGAUGUCGCCCCACGCCUGUCGCUGGACGGGCGUCCGCUGCCUCUGCAGGCUCUUUCCAUCUUCUCCGUGAUCAGCAAGUUCAUGGGCAAGUAUCCUACGGAUUGGGAGAAACACCUCAGGGGAAUCAGCGAGCGUGGCUAUAAUAUGAUCCAUUUCACCCCUCUUCAAGUUCGUGGCGCCUCAAACUCGCCUUACAGCUUGUAUGACCAGCUCGGUUGGGAUCCAGAUUGUUUCCCCCAGGGCGAGAAGAACGUGCAAGAAUUGGUGGACAGUCUAGAGCAGAAUCACUCAUUGCUCAGCUUGACCGACAUUGUUCUCAACCACACCGCCAACAACACCAAGUGGCUGCUCGAGCAUCCAGAGGCUGGCUACAACUUGACAACCGCGCCGUGGUUGGAGUCUGCUUACCUUCUCGAUACUCAGCUUCUGGUCUUCAGCGGCAGACUGAAGGAGCUUGGUUACCCUACCGAGCUCAAGUCCGUGGAUGACUUGACAGAGCUCAUGAACGGCAUCAAGAAGCAUGUCGUGGCUGAGAUUCGUCUGUGGGAGUACUACGCUCUGGACAUCGACCGCGAUGUUGAUGCUGCGCUCGAGUCCUGGGCUGCACAGGAGUCUUCUGACUUGCCGCAGGACGCACUGGACCAGCUGAAGAGUGCCAGCGCCAAGGUGCAGGCAAAGUUCCUGCAGGAGAAGGCCUUGCUGGGGAACGAUCGCCUUGGGGAACGUUUCCGCAGGAGAGUGGACCCGAAGGCUUCGGCUGCUCUCAUCAAUGUCGUCUUCGGUCGAUACCGAGGUGAGGCUGACGAGGUCACCAUUCGCUCAAAGUUGACCGAAAUCUUUGAGAUCAUCAACGUUCCCUUCUACGAGGAAUACGACAAGGAGAUUGGCGACAUCCUGCAGCAGCUUUUCAACCGCAUCAAGUAUGUCCGGCUUGAUGACCAUGGGCCAAAACUUGGCGCUUUUGAUGAAGCCAACCCUAUCAUUGAGACCUACUUCACCCGUCUCAACAAAUCAGAAGCAGCAGGACACCUCAAACCGGAGGACCUGGUGCUGGUCAACAACGGCUGGGUGUGGGCGGGAAAUGCCUUGGUGGACAAUGCUGGUCCGCAAUCGAGAGUCUACCUUCGUCGCGAAGUCAUCGUUUGGGGCGACUGCGUCAAACUCAGAUAUGGUAAUGGCCCAGAGGACAGUCCCUGGUUGUGGGACCACAUGACAAAGUACGCACGCAUGCUAGCCAAGUACUUUGCCGGCUUCCGCAUCGACAACUGCCACUCAACCCCCAUCCAUGUCGCCGAGCACAUUCUUGAUGAGGCACGCUGUGUUCGCCCGAACCUCUACGUCGUAGCCGAGCUUUUCACUGGCUCCGAAGACAUGGACUAUGUCUUCGUUAAGAGGCUGGGUCUCAGCUCUCUCAUCAGGGAGGCUAUGCAGGCCUGGAGCACUGCCGAACUCAGCAGGCUGGUUCAUCGCUACGGAGGCCGGCCGAUUGGCAGCUUCGAGGUUGACGACAUCUCUAGAGGCGGCACAUCCAGUGCUCCGGGAAGUCCCUCCGCGACCAAUGAUGGUUUCGAAACCUCUCGAGAGGUAAUUCGGAAGAUCAAACCUGCGUCAGUGCAGGCUUUGUUCAUGGACUGCACUCACGACAACGAGGUUCCUGCCCAGAAGCGCGACGCCAGAGAUACGCUGCCCAACGCGGCUCUCGUCUGCAUGUGCUCUAGUGCGAGCGGUAGUGUCAUGGGCUAUGAUGAGAUUUACCCCAAAUUGGUCGAUCUUGUGAACGAGUCAAGACUGUAUACAUCGGCUUCGUCGACCGGGAAAGAAGUAAAGGUCGGCGGAGGGGAAGGCGGCAUUGGUGGUGUCAAGAAGCUGCUCAACCAAAUCCACACCCUCAUGGGCAAGGACGGCUAUGACGAGUGCCACAUCCAUCAUGAAGAUCAAUACGUCACUGUGCACAGGGUUCACCCAGAGUCACGAAAGGGAUACUUCCUCAUUGCGCACACAGCUUACCCUGGCUACGGCAAUGGAAAUGGUGCUUUCAAUGCCGUCCAUCUGGGCGGAACCAAAGCUCGCCACUUAGGCAGCUGGAUGUUGGAGGUCGACACCAGUGAGGAGGCUCGGAAAGACGUGGACGAAGACAAGAAAUAUCUUCGUGGCCUUCCCAGCCGUGUAGUGGAUGUUCCAGGCAUCCGCAUGGAAGUCAAAGCUGACGAGACCAUCAUCACCGUCCGCGACAAGUUCCCUCCCGGCAGUAUCGCGUUGUUCGAAACGUGGAUCCCUGCUGCUGAGCACACAAAUGGCCUCGACAGAUACGUCACCUCUGGCGCUAAGGACGCCAUGUCCGAGCUGGACCUCGUGGACCUCAACUUCUUGCUCUACCGCUGUGAAGCCGAGGAGCGAGACGGUAGCGACGGCAGAGACGGCGUAUACGACAUCCCCGGUCAUGGGAAACUAGUCUAUGCUGGACUUCAAGGAUGGUGGAGUCUGCUCAAGGACAUCAUCAAAGAGAACAACCUCGCCCAUCCUAUAUGUCAGAACUUGCGCGAUGGCCAGUGGGCGCUGGACUAUACUGUUGGCAGAUUGGAGCGUAUGAGCAAGCAGCCAUACUUUGGUCACCUCUCUAAACCGGCCGCAUGGCUCAAGGAGCGUUUCGACGCCAUCCGUGGCAUCCCCAGCUUCUUGCUGCCUCGAUACUUCGCGCUUACGAUCCGGACCGCCUACAAUGCCGCUUGGGAUCGUGCCAUGCAGCUCAUGAACGAGCAUGUGCGAGACGGACAGUGGUUCUUGCAGAGCCUUUCUAUGGUUAGCAUUCAGGAAACGGGCCUCGUGAAGUCAGCUUCGCUCUGGCCCAAGAAGCUCGUCCCGUCUCUUGCCGCCGGUCUGCCGCACUUUGCCGUCGAGUGGGCUCGCUGCUGGGGUCGCGAUGUCUUCAUCUCUUUGCGUGGACUGUAUCUCGGUACAGGUCGUUUCCAGGAGGCUGCCGAACACAUCUUUGCCUUUGCUAGUGUGCUGAAGCAUGGCAUGAUUCCAAACCUCUUGAGCAGUGGAAACCUACCUCGAUACAACAGCCGCGACUCCGUCUGGUUCUUCCUUCAGUGUAUCCAGGACUAUACACGACUUGCGCCAAAUGGUCUUGAGCUUUUGUCAAAGAAGGUCAAGCGUCGCUUCUUGCCAUAUGAUGACACUUGGUUUCCGUCUGACGAUGAGCGAGCAUACUCCAAAGAGAGCUUGAUCCAAGAUGUGAUCCAAGAGGCCAUGCAGCGUCAUGCCUCGGGCAUGGAAUACCGUGAAGCCAACGCAGGCCCAUCGAUCGACUCGCAGAUGCGUGAUGAGGGAUUCGACCAGAAGAUCUUUGUCGAUUGGACCAACGGCAUCAUUUUCGGCGGCAAUCAGCACAACUGCGGCACCUGGAUGGACAAGAUGGGCGAGAGCGAGCGCGCAGGUUCCAAGGGCGUUCCAGGCACCCCUCGAGACGGUGCUGCGAUCGAGAUUACGGGACUGCUGUACAGCACCUUGGUCUGGCUCGCGAAGCUCAAUGCCGAGGGCAAGUAUCCAUACGGCGGAGUCAAGAAGAGCGAUGGCUCUGAAAUCACUUUCAAGGAGUGGGCCGAGCUGCUCAAGUCCAGCUUCGAGUACAGCUACUACGUGCCCGAGACGCCUGAAGAGGACAGCAAGUAUGCCGUCAACCCUGCCGUUGUCAACCGCCGUGGCAUCUACAAAGAUCUCUUCAAAUCCGGCAAGGAGUAUGAGGACUACCAGUUGCGCCCCAACUUCGCCAUUGCCAUGACGGUGGCUCCCGACUUGUUCAACCCGGACCACGCCAUGGGCACCUUGAUUCUGGCCGACAAAGCGCUCCGUGGCCCGACUGGCAUGGCCACCCUCGAUCCUGCAGAUCUCAACUACCGCCCGUACUAUGUCAACAGCGAGGAUUCUGACGACUUUGCGACGUCAAAGGGCCGGAACUACCACCAGGGGCCUGAAUGGCUGUGGCCAACCGGUUUCUUCUUGCGUGCGCUGCUGAAGUUUGACCUGAUGCGCCGUGACACCAAGGAGGGCCGCAUCGAGGCAUUCCAGCAGGUUACCAGGAGGCUGAGCGGCUGCAAGGAGUAUAUCCAGAAGAGCGAGUGGGCAGGCCUGACUGAGCUGACACAAAAAGAUGGCCAGCACUGCCCUGACAGCAGUCCCACCCAAGCCUGGAGUGCGGGUUGCCUCAUUGAUCUGUACAUGGAUGCUGCGGACUAUGGUAUUGAGUAG